AUGCUAUUGACGUUCGGCUUCGACCUAAUGGUCAUUCACUCGCAUACUGUGAUCAUAAGCGCCUCCGAUAACCACUCUGUGAUAAAGCGAGAGAUCGGUGCGAACGCCUACAAGAUGGCCGGCGAUCUGCUCCGGUUGACCACCGCUUGCCUACAACACAGUCACACAUUCAUGGCGUGCGUCUGCUUAUACCUCUCGGCCGAGUUCCUCAACACACCGCACCCGAUUUCUGACCCCUUUCCUAUGAGUUACUACUUUGAUAGCACUGCCCGCCUAUUGAUAGCCUUUGAUAGCUCUAUGCCUAUGACUCCUGCCUUUCGCUUGCGAUUAGAGGACGUGGAGGUCGUGGCCAAUAAAUACAAGGCAUUCCUCGACAAAUCGAAAUACACGGGCGCCUCCGAUCGCAAGCGGAAGCUGUCGUACGACGAGGCCUACAGUCCCGAAAGCGCCUACUCUUCGGGUUCCAACAACUCGCCCGACUAUAACAGAACUCCGCCGCCGCCCGCACCCGCUGUGGCGCCCAAACAGAGGCCGACCCCCACACCAAAGAGUCAGACAGUGGUGGCGAACGGCGCCGCAGCCCCGGGAGGCAAUAGGAGGCUAAAUAUGCGCAUAUCGGUCGGCGCUCUCAGUAAGCGUAGUGUUGUUAUUAUUAAGUGA